UUGGACUCAACUGCCACAUUAUCAAAGCUUAUUAGUAUUUUGCUAUCGAAAUAUUUCUAUACAGUGUUUCUUCCCCUUCCGUUUGGAUCCGUCCAUGUUUACAAACACGUUUGUUUAUUUUAUGGACUGUAGUACUUAUAUAGUAAAUAAACAUACAUAUAAAAAAUUAUCUUGGAUAUUGUCUUACAGGUGACAUAAUGCUCUACUGCUUAGUUGUAGCUGUAAUGCUGUUGUGUGGAGCAUUUUACAUGUUUCAACGAAGAAUCAGCUUGAAAGGGAACAUCAUCCCGGGACCAAAAGGACUUCCAGUUAUUGGCUUUGCACUAGAAAUAAACGAAGCAAAUUUAUGCUCGAAACUAACAGAGUAUGCGGAGACGUGUGGGGACAUUUUUCGGUUUAGAAUAUUUUCAGACAACCUUAUUGUGUUGAACAGUCCUGCAACCAUACAUAAAGCGUUUGUGGACGAAAAAUUUAAGCGACACUUUAACGACCGUCCUAAGAUGUUCUACGGUGAAUAUUUUCGUUGUCAUCACCAAACAGUAGGAUCUGUACCAGAGGGUUUUGGAAUGUUUCACAAAACAUCAAGAAAACAUUUGGUAAAAGCAGUACAUACAUAUGGCAGUGGCCUGAUGGACCUGGAGAAAAAUGUUAUGUUUGAAAUGGAUCUCCUAGCUAAUAGGAUAGAAGAAAUGCCAGACAUGACGUUUCAAUGUAUGGAUGUUUUCAGUCGGUCUUUCUCAAACGUUAUUUCUUUAUUAUUUAGUGGAGAACUCAUACACGAUGAUGAACCAGACAGAGACAUUUUCUUGCAACAUACAGACGGGUCUAUAUUCUUCUUAAACUCGGCAGUAAACUCCGUUAUGACAUCACUUCCAUUUCUACGAUUUCUUCCAGGGAAAUUUAGAGAAAUGUACAUGAAAACUGAAACUGCAAAUGACAGAAUUAAACAAAAAUACUUCCAUGAUAUGAAGAACACCUAUGUUCCUGGCAAACACCGAGGAAUCGUUGAUUUCUAUAUUGAAGAACAGAGUAAAGAGCGUACGAGUGGAAGUGACGUUUUCUUCACUGAUGAAAGAAUCAUGGUGCAGAUUGAAGAAAUUGUAGAUGCAGGAAUCACUACUUCAAGUAUAUUUCUUUCUAAUUCGAUACUGGUGUUAAUGAACUAUCCAGAGAUUCAAAACAAGAUACAAGCAGAAAUCGACACGGUUAUUGGAAAGGAACGGCAUCCUACCUACUCGGAUAGGAACAAUUGUCACUAUCUUCAGGCGUUUGAGAUGGAGAUACAUAGGUAUCUUACCAUAGCCCCAUUCUUACUUCCACAUCUCUGUCAAGACCAUAUAGAGUUUUUGGGAUAUGACAUUGAACCCAACAGCCUGAUCCUGGCAAAUGUAUGGUAUGUUCAUCAUGACAAAGGGGUUUGGGGAGACCCUUGGACUUUCAGACCAGAAAGAUUCCUGAAUGAUGAAGGACAGCUCUUACCAAGAGAACAUAAACUGCGCAAAAGGUAAAAAGUUAAAUAAAUUUCUACUUCUUUUAAUUUUGCACAAACAUUUAUGCAUUUUACAUGUGACAUCAGCAUUAACGUUACUUAAAGUCUAAACUUGUAAGUGUGAAUAUUCUAUAUGUCGAGAUUGACAUUAAUCAUGCGCUUAUCAUUAAUUUAAUAUAUGACAUUAAUGAUUUUCACCGAUAAUAUGUAUACCGCUUUCAUGUAUUCAGACAAAGGAGAAAAGAUAUCGGUAUUUAAAUACGAAAUUUGU